CCCACAAUUCAGAAGCCGGGGAGACAGGUACUUCGAAAUGAAUCUUUUGAUUGCAAGGCGUACGGAAAACCUGGUCGAAGGUAGGCGGAGGCGUUGGAAGAAUGACGCUAGAAGAAUGGCGACGAGUAUAUGAACAAGAAGGAAUCCAACCUCAAGGUCUUGCUCAACAGGGACUUCUCAGCAACAGCCUCUUCACCUCCACUCUCUUCUCUACAUCGUUUGAAACGAUCGUUUUCACUCCACCUUGUCAAACACCAUCACUAUGCUCUCCCUCCUCGUUCUUCUUGCGCCCCUUGUGGCAGCUCACGGUCACGUUGACAAGGUCGUCGCCGAUGGCAAGGAAUACCAGGGCUGGAACGCUGCUCUCAAGUACCAGAACCCCAUUCCUGCCACUGUUGGCUGGCAAGCCGACAACCUCGACAACGGCUUCGUCUCUCCCGAUGCCUUUGGUACCUCUGCCAUUGUCUGCCACAAGCAGGGCAAGAGCAACGGUGCCUACGUAACCGUCAAGCCAGGCAGCAAGGUCACCUUCAAGUGGGAUACCUGGCCCGUCAGCCACGUUGGUCCUGUCCAAGAGUACAUUGCUCCUUGCAACGGCGACUGCGGCUCCGUCAACCCUUCCAGCCUUCAGUGGACCAAGAUUUCAUCCAAGGCCUGGAAGUCGGGCAGCAACCCCGGCAAGUGGGCUACCGAUGACCUGAUCGCCAACAACUUCUCCUGGGACAUUACCUUCCCUAACGUUGCUCCCGGCAACUACGUCGUUCGCCACGAGAUCAUCGCGCUGCACGCAGCCGGCCAGACCAACGGCGCCCAGGCAUACCCCCAGUGCAUCAACUUCAAGGUUGAGGGCUCUGGAACCGGAAGGCUCAGUGGUGGUACUCCCGCUACCAGCUUCUACACUGCCAACGACCCUGGUAUCAAGUUCAACGUCUUCACUUCCUUCUCCAGCUACCCUGUUCCCGGCCCUGCUGUCAAGGCUCUGGCUAAGAGGCACGCCAAGGAUCUCGAGUACUAGACCACUCUCUAUGCAGUGCAGGAAAAAAACUACUGCAUAAACUGCGUCGCGAGUUGAUGAAGGGCAAGCCGGAUAAAGUCACCGUAGCGUGGACCAUCCUAAUCGCUUAAUUCCUCGUAGAGAACCCCCCUGUCUUUGUCUUGUUGCCUUUUUUUUAACAGACAAAGACCACUGUAAAUAACGACUUUUUGGAUGCGAAGAGGAAACACCAUUCUUGUAUAUACUAGU